AUGGUCGAUUUGCAACUUUUCACACCGGUUUUGCGAGUGUCCGAGGUUUGGAAUGGGGCUGGGGCUAGGGCUAUAAUAAUUUUGAGCCAGAGCUCCAAAAUCGAUAAUUUUUUUUUGCAGCCUGAAGAGGGAGAGCCGCAGACAAUUCAUCCAAAUAAAGAGCAAUUGAGUCGAAGACAUGCAAUUAUUCCCGAUAAUCCCAAUGAUCAAAAUCAGGAAUCGUGAGUUUUAAGGGCAAAAUUUGAGGUUUUCGGAAUUUCUGAGUGAAAAAAUCGUGAAAAACGCGAUUUUCUGACCCAGAAAUCAUAUUUCUCAACAAAAAACGAUUCAAAAAUCGUUAAAAUUCGGCUAAUUCUCAAUAGAGCGCGUUUGCUCUAAUGAGCGUCAUUUUCGCCCGAAAUCGAUGAAUUCGGGCUCAUUUUUGAGCAUUUUUUGCUGAAAAUUUGAAUUUCAGCUCAUCGCAAGGUUGCUGCAGUUCGGAUAAUGUGAUAAUUGUGCCACACGUGCAAAUUUCGCCCAACGAAAGUCACUUGUUCAAUCGAGCUAUCAGUUCGGGAGGUGGACUUUUGGCUGGUAAGAGAAUUUUCGAUUUUUUUUGGCGCCAAAAUUCUGAGCUAAAAAAAAAUUCAAAAAUUUGUUUCAGGUUCUCAAAAAUAUCCGAGUGAGUUAGGCUAAAACAAAUUUUGUAGAUUUUUUUCCCCGAAAUUUUUUUUGGAAUGUUUUUUGACCUAUAGAAAUAUACCCUUUUUUCAAUAGAGCGCAUUUGCUCAAUAAUUCGAUUUUUUGACCAAAAAUCAUCCAAUUCUCUAGAUUAAAAAUUUAAAUUUCACGAAAACCCGGAAAAAUCUCAAUUGAGCGCAUUUGCUCAAAAAUUCGAAUUUUUCAACUCCCAGGGCUUAUUUUUGACCAAAAAUCAUCCAAUUUAAAAAUUUGAAUUUCUCGAAAAACCGCCGAAUUCUCAAUAGAGCGCAUUUGCUCAAAAAUUCUCAAUUUUCAACCAAAAAUCCUAUGACUUUGUCCAGAUCUCCAACGUGCCACAAUCGCAUCUCAAGCUUUCUAUGCCGAAGCUUCUGAGCCUCAAAAAAAUCGUUCACCUUGGAUUCUGAAGCGACUUUAUGAGUGGAGUGGGCGUGCAAAACGAAGAGAGAUCAUAAAACAUGUUCAGGCGGCGUUGGAAACUUCGAAAGAUCAUGAAAUCGAGGAUGAUGAGUUGGAAAAGCUAUUGGUAAGCCUUUUUGGCGCGAAAAUUUGGAAUUUUUUGAUAGUAAAUAAGGCUAGAAAUUUUUUCAGCCAGUUUCCUAUGAAGAAAUGUUCACCGGUGAUGACACCAUUCAAAUUCCGGCCACAAAAAUCAAAUAUCUUCAAGCGGUUUGGGAACUUUUUCAUACGGAAUUGGUGUUUUUGUACAGACAGUUGUUUGUUUUACGGUAAGUUUUGGCGGGAAAAAUGAAAAUUUGAAAAAAAAAACACAUUUUUGACGUCGAAAAUUCCACGUGGCAAACAUUUUUUCAUUUCUUGAUUUUGAAAGUGUAAUUUUUGGCGCCAAAAUCCAUCGUCACAUAAAUUUUGCGCAGAGAUGUCUACAAAGAGCCGCUAAAACGUUGUCAAGUCGAAGGUUGCCUGUUGCUCGUCGAGCCCGAUUUGCUCUUCGGCAACUUGGAGCAACUCUGCCGAAUUUCUCGCAGUUUUUGCCAAUCAUUCCUGUCACUUCUGGCUAUUGUUGAUAAGGAGAAUUGGGAUUGCACACAAUUGGUUGUCGAUUUAUUUGAGAGGGUUGGUUUCUGGAAUUUUCCAGGCAUUUUCUAGGAUUUUCGGUGAAAAAUUCGAGCUCACCGUGAUUUUUUGGUCUAGAAACUUUGAAAAAACAAGAAAAACGGAAAAAUAAAAAAAUAAAAUUGAAAUCCGAGAGAACUACACAAUUUGAAAAAGUUCGGCCACGGCCACAGAUUUUCUUUUUGUUUUUUUUUUGCAAAAAUUUUUAAAUCACACGCUUUCCGACCUAAAAAAUCAUGCUGAACUCGAAUUUCCAACCCGCAGAACCUCUAGAAACCCGCUUCUUGCAGUUUUCCAAAGGCCCCUCAACAAUUUCCGCCUAUCAAGCCUAUUGCAUCAAUUACAAAGCGACCAUGGAAUAUUUGGGAUCGAUUCGACAAAAAGAGGAGCGAUUCACCGAAUUCGAGCGAAUCUGUCUGGCCGAUGAGCGAUGUUUUCGAUUACAACUCGAGGAUUUGUUGAUUGCACCGUUGCAACGAAUCACAAGACUUCCGAUUUUGUUGAGAGAGAUUUAUAAGUAUACGGCUGAUGAGGAGAAUAAAUUGAGAGUUGAGAAAGUUAUCGAAACUAUGACGGAGAGCUUGAGUGAGUUUUGCUGUAGACUAGAGUAUAGUUUUCACUGUAUAUGAAAUUUUCUAGGAUCAAUUGAUGACAGUGUUCAAUGGCUUCACAAUUUCGAGCGACUUCAACAACUUCAAACCCAAGUCAUUUGGCCAAACAUCAAUGAACUUGAACCAAAAUCCUAUAUCCCAGAUGUAAUCCUAAUUUUUUGCAGCGAAAUUCUUGAUUUUCAAAUAAUUUCAGUUCCUGCGCGUGGCACUUUCUCGGCAAUUUUGCGAAAAUCUUCUCGCCCACCCACGACGUAAACUGAUUCACGAGGGACCAUUGGAACUGGUGGAAAAUGGUCGGACCACAGAUGUCUACGCAUUCCUCUUCAAUGAUAUGUUUGUGUUGAGUAAGGCCAAGAAGUGCGCGUCGAAGCUGAAAGUUGUGGGUUUUUUUUGAAAAAAACGCUGAAAUUGAUGUUUUUUUGUUGCAGAAAGGUGUGCCGAUCGGAAAAUCCGAGCAUUUUGUUGUUCAGCGACAGCCGGUGCCGUUGGAUUCGUGUGUUUUUUGCGAUGCUGAUUCGAACGAUCAUUCGACGCCUAGUAAGAACACAAAUGUCGUUGGGAGCGUUGCGGUCAAGCGCUGCGUAUUUUGCAAAUUUCCUCAUUGAAAUUAGACACGCGUCGCAUGACCGCAACGCAUCCAUGGACAUUUGUGGUGUGAAAAAUAGAGAGGGAAACUACUCUUUUUUUAAAUUACAAAUGUCGUUGGAAGCGUUGCGGUCAUGCGUUGCGUGUUAACAAAUUAAACACGCAGCGCUUGACCGCGACGCGUCCAGGGACAAAAAUAGAGAGGGAAACUACUCUUUUUUAAAUUACAAAUGUCGUUGAACGCGUUGCGGUCAUGCGUUGCGUCUUCAAAAAUUAAACAAAUAAACUGCGUGUUUAAUUUUUGAACACGCAGCGCUUGACCGCAACGCGCUCAACGAUAUUCGUAUUCUAACAAAUAUAUCAAGCUUGAGCAACCCCUAUUUCCAGUGUCUCUCAAAUUCGCAUUUGUCAUAAUCCACCUAACCAGAUAUUAUCAAGUUGUCGGAAUUUACACACUUCAAGCCACGGAUAAAGCAGAUAAGGUAAUUUUCCUUGAAAAAUCCUUCAAAAUCCUGAUUUUGCAGGAACUUUGGAUCGAAAAAUUCCAAGAAUCAAUUGAGAACUAUGAAUCGAUUCAGCUGAAAGAUAUGCUUAAAUGCACUCCCCUAUUUUCAAGCCUAAGCCUCCGAAGAUGUUCAAGUUCGAGAUUGAUGUCUAGCAAACCUGAACAUUCACAUCCACCAAAUUUACCGACUCAAAAAGAGACUGAAAUGUGA